AUGAAUAAUUCUUAUGAUAAGUCAAAUGUCGAAAGUUCAACGGUAAAUGAAGAUACUGAACAUAAAGAAAAUUUAUCAUAUAAAAUAAAUGAGGAAUUAUAUUAUUCAGAUGUUAAACAUAUCCAUAGCUCUAAUGUUGAUGAGAUUCAAAAUGAUAAUGGGAAUGUAGACUAUACGAAUGAAUAUAAUAUGGGUAAUGUAGAGAUGAAUGGAGGUAAUUAUAUGAAUAAGGAAAAUAUAAAUAUGGAAAAGAAAGUUUGUGGUGAGUAUGAAAAUGUGAAUAGUUUUCAUAAUGAUAAUCUUAUAAACAAUUCUGUUAAUAUUGUAGAAAAUGAAAAUAUAUUAUUAAGAAAUGAAUAUAAGGAAUCGAAAAAAAACCCUAAUAAUAGGAUGAAUAAUAAUAUAGGUAAUAAUGGUGGUAGUACUACAAGUAGUCAUAAUAAUAAAAAGAAGAAAAAAAACGUUACGUUUAGUGAUGAUAAUAUGUAUAAUAUAAGUUAUAAAGAUGUAAAUAACAAUUUGAUUAAUUAUUAUAUGGAUAUGAAUAAUGUGAAUAGUGUGAAUAGUGUGAAUAGUGUGAAUAAUAUGAAUAAUGUGAAUAAUAUGAAUAAUGUGAAUAAUAUGAGCAAUAUGAACAAUAUGAAUAAUGUGAACAAUAUGAACAAUAUGAACAAUAUAAAUAAUGUGAACAAUAUAAAUAAUGUGAACAAUAUGAAUAAUAUACCUAAUGGAUAUUAUAACAAUGAAUUUAAAACAGGGAAUUAUCAAAUUGUCAUGAAGCAUAUGAAUGAUCAUAUUAACUAUGUGAAUAAUACAGAUAUAAAUGGUAAGGGAAGGUAUAAUAUAAUAAGCUUAAAACAAAACAACUCAAACAAUAAUGUAAACAAGCUAAAUAAUAAUUAUAUUGAAUAUGAUAUAAACAAUAAUUCUGGGAUGUAUGAAAGUUGUGAGAAUAAUUACAUAUAUAAUAAUAAAAAUAAUUAUUUUAAUUCCGAUAUAGGAAAUAUAAACCAAGAUGAUAACAAUGUGAAUAAUAUAAAUAACAAUUUUGUUGUUAAAUAUUUAAAAGAUUUAGACAAAAUUUAUCAACUUAAAAAACAUAAUAAGAAAUUAGAUAACCACAAAAAUGUAAACAAUUAUUAUAAUAUGUUAGAUUUAUUAUAUAAUUCUUGUAAGAAAAAAAAAAAUUUAAAUGAUAAAAGAAUAAGGGCUCUAUUAUAUAUAUUCAAAUAUAUUAAAAAUUUAGAAAAAAAAAAAGAGCACAAUAAUUCAGACAUAUUUGAUAUAAAGACACUAAGGAGAUUGAACAAGCAGGUGGAUUUAUAUAUUGACUUGUUAGAAAAAAGGGAGUAUAAAGAAAAUAUGCAUAUAGAAUUAAAACAGGAAAGAAUGGACACAAACAGGAACAAUAAUAAUGAUAAAAAUAAUGAUAAAAAUAAUGACAAAGUGAAUGAUCACCAAUUUAAACAUUUCACUGAUUCAUAUGCACACAAUAAAUUUAUAAAUAAUAUUAUGAAGAAAAAAUGUGAUUUAUUUUUUAAAUCUAAUUUUAAUAAUAUUCAUGUUCAAUCUCCAGAACAAAAUUUCUAUUUCAAUCAUUCACUGAAAAAGGUUAAUUAUAUAAAUAAUUUGUUGGUGUAUAUACAUUUUAUAGUAUUUAAAUAUAUCACGCUUUAUUCAAUAAAUGAAUGGAACGUCUUAUUGUUCAAGGAUAUUGAUGCUUAUAAUGUUUGUGGGAUUAAUAAUGAUCAAAGUUUAAAUAAGACAUCGGCGAGCAUAGUAUCACCUGAUAGUAUGGGAGAUGUAAAUAAUGUAAUUGAGGAUGAUAAUAAAAGUGACCAUCCUAUUAGUAAUAGUAAUAAUAAUAACAACAACAACGACGACGACGACGUCGACGAUCAUGUUAAUAAGGAUGAUAAUAAUGGGGAGGGUGCUAUAAGUCCACAAAUAAAUGAUCAGAAUUGUUUAGAACAAAAUAACAGCACAUGUGAAAUUGCCAUGAUGUGCAAUUUCCAUUUAGAUGAUUAUAAAAUAGAAAAGUUGAACCCUCUUAAUAUGAAUGAAAAUAAUACGAUAGAUAUAAAUUAUUAUGAAUAUGUAAUUGAACCGUUUGAUUUUUUAUUUUAUGAUCAGGUUUAUAACGAGAUAUAUAAUUAUUUACAGAUGUUAAAAAAUCAGAGUUUAUUUCAAAACGAUGAAAGCAACAACAAUAAUAACAACUUUAGUGGUUAUAAUAAUUCUGGUGAUGAUAAUUCUCAAUAUAUGAGACAGUUACCUUUUCAGUAUUACGAAUUUAUGGAAAUUUUAACAAAAGAAGUUAUAAAUGUACGUGAUUUAAUUUAUCGUAAUAAAUAUGUAAGAUAUCUUUUUUAUUAUAUUUAUAGAAACAAUAAAAAUAAUUUGCUAGAAGGUAUAAACAAAAUAUUUUUUUUAGAAAAGAAUAAAGUGUUAUUAUAUAAAAUACAAACAAAAUUAAGAUACAACAUUUUUGUGACCCGAUUUUUAGAAAGCAAUGGUUUAUCUACUUCAAAUGAAGAAGAAAUAGAAAAGCAAAAAAAAAUUAGUUUUGUCGAAGCAAAGAAUAAAUUAUUUGACAGUAUGUUUAAUGAAUAUAAUAUAUAUUAUAAUGAGUAUAUGAAAAAUGUUGACAAAUAUAAUUUGAUUAAAAAGAAUGUUUUUAAUAUUGAGGAAAAAAAAUUUACAUAUAUAAAAAAAAAAAUUAAUAUAUAUUCUGAUUAUUUUGAGCAUAUGAAAAAAAAGUUGGCUGUAGAAAGUUAUUUUCCCCAUGAACGUUUUGAGGAAAAAAUUGAUGAGCACCAAAUUGAAAUGAAUAAUAAUAAUGAUGAUAAUAAUGGUGAUAAUAAUGGUGAUAAUAAUGGUGAUAAUAAUGAUGAUAAUAAUGGUGAUAAUAAUAAUGAUAAUAAUGGUGAUAAUAAUGGUGAUAAUAAUGGUGAUAAUAAUGGUGAUAAUAACCAUAUCUGUGAUGUGUUUAAAAAUAUUAAUCUGGUAGAAUAUGAGAAAGAAAAAAUCCAAUUUGAUGUACCCUUCAAUUAUGUAGAAUUUUUAUACGACAAGAAUUAUGCGUUAAUUAUAAAUAGUGAAAAAAAUAAUUCGAGAAAAUUAAAAGCUGCAUAUAUAGUAAAUAAGAAUUUAAAAAAUAAAGAAAAUAUUUUAAUAAUAACAUCUAUAUUAAAUAUUAUGAAAUGGAAAAGUUUGUUUUUUACAUUUAGUAAUAUAACAAUAUAUAAAAAUGAAGAAAAUAUAAUUGAGAAUAAGGUAGAACAUACAAAUAAUAAUUUAAUUAUAUGUAUAGAUUUUUUACCUAAAACUUUGAAUGUUACAUGUGAUAUUAUUAUAUUAGAUAUGUGUCAUUUUAAUAUAAUAAAUCAAAUUAGUAUAUUGAAUGAAUUGUGUUUUUUAAAUUAUAAAAAGAAAAUAUUAAUAUUUAAUAAUAUUUGUGAUAAUUGGAAUUUUAUAUCUUCUUUAUUUUUGUUAAAUAAUCCAUUUUUUAAUAAAUCGUUUUUGGAUAAUAUCCAAAUGAAUUAUAGUGAAGAUGAUAAGAAAAUUAUAAAUAAUAUGAUGUUAGAUUUUAUUUCCCAUUUUUGUAUAUUAAAUAAACAAAAAAAUGUAUUUUUCAAAGAUCAAAUAAAAGAACAAAAUAUUAUAAAUCUUAAUAUAAAAGAUGAUGAACAAAAUGAUAUUUCGAAAAAUAAUGAUAAUAAGAAUGAGGAUACAUUAUUACAAUUAAAUAAUGAAAAAGAAAUAAAAAAAAACAAAAAUUUGUUUUUUAUUCUAACAUAUAUGAGUGGUGUACAAAAAUGUAUAUAUGAUCAUGCUGAUGAAAAACAUAAAAGAGAUACAUGUAUACAUCCAUUAUUAUUGUUAAAUGAAGAUUUAUUUUUAUUAAAAGAUUUUAAUAUUUCGGAAAAAUUUGAAAUAUUAAAAAAUAUUAUAAAAAAAUGUAUCUUAAUAAAAAAAAAAAUUGUCAUAUGUUAUUCUGGAGAUGAAAAAAUAUUGAAACUUAUAAAAAUAUUAUUACAUUUAUAUGGAUUAAACGAUUUUAAUGCAAUUACAUAUUUUACAUUACCUAACAAUAAUCAAGAACAAAAGGAAAAUCUAAAUAAUCUAGAUAUAUAUGAUGUAUCCAUAAUAAUAAAUGAUCAUAUAUCAUUCUUAAAAUAUUUCAAAAAUGUAAAUAUAACAUGUUAUUUUUUAAUAUCCACAUUUACAAAAGAAGAAGAUGAAUUAUUACAAUUAUAUGGUCAUGAAAUGAAAGAAUUAUAUUUUUAUAAAAAAAAAAAAAAAGAAAUAAUGAAAGCAAAUAAAUCAUAUAGAGAUUUCUUUUAUAGAUAUUAUUUAAAUAAUCUUAUAUCUGAUACGGAUGAACAAUUCUUAAUGUUUAAUAUUAUUGAUCAAAAGGAAAAAAUAUAUUGUAAUGUUAAUUACAAUGAAAUGGUCUUACCUACAUGUUUUGUUUCCUCUAUUUCGGACCCUGAUCAAGCCACUCAAUAUUCCGAACACUGGAAGGAUAUAAAGGAUGCUCAUAACUUCUGGAACUUUAACACGUUUAGUAAAAACAAAAUAAAUUUUUACUUGAACAAAAAAAAUACAGUAUAUGAUAAAUAUGAAAAUGUGGUAAGUCCAAUAUCGGAGGAAUCAAUAGCACCGCCACAAAUUUAUUAUUAUUUGGAAAAUCCCAUGAAGGAAAGAAAUGUUUUCAAUGGUUGCAUAUCCGUAGCAUUAGAAGACAUAAUCCAAGAAUUGAAUAGAAAAAAGGAAAUGAACGAUUUCGAUGAAAUGAAAAAAAAUGUUUUAUUAAAUAUACAGCAGAAAGCUAAUAAAAAACAUUUCACUUCUGUUCGUAAAGUCGAAAAAAUUUUAUCCAAAUUUUUAGAAGAAAAUAAAAGUAAAUCUUUUGAUCAGUUUUUAAAGGGUUGUGAAGCAUACGGACAGAUUAUAAGCAAGUGCAAAGAAAAAUUAUUUGUUACCUUCAACAAAACAUACAACGUGCAAUUUAAAAACUUUGAAGAUUUCUGGUGUGAUGAUGAAAAGAAAAGAAAAGAAAAGUGGAAAAAAUUAUGGGAUAUGAAUGAAAAAAAUGAAUGUGAGAAGGAAAGCAAUUUAUUGUUCAAUGUGUGUAAUGAAAAAAGUGAUUUAACUGAUUUUUCUAAGAGUAGUAGUUUUGAUAAAUCAAAGGGUGAUGCAAAUUUAAACGAAAAGAAAAAUUUCAGAAUAAGAUUAUCAUCACAAUUAUUAGAAGAAAAAGAUCUGGAUCAAUUAUAUCAUGGAAGCAAAAAAGUAUGUUUGUUAAAUGAUUCUACUGAAAAAGAUAAAAAGACAUGUUUAUACAAUGAAAGAAAAGAGGAAUGA